AUGGCUAAAGGUAUACAAAAAGAUGGAGUAAGAAAAGGAGCAAAAAGUUUAAUUAAGAAAAAGCAACAUGCUGUUGAUAACAAAAAUAUUAGAGAAGCUUCUAUUUAUAGUAGAGAGUUGGCUGAAUAUUAUAAAACUAGUGGUUGUGAUUAUUAUGAUGAUGCUAUUAAUGAAUAUUAUGACUGUAUAAAAUUAUGUAAAAAAUGUGGAAAUUUUGAAGAUAUUAGUUAUUGUCAUAGAGGAUUAUGUGAUAUAUUUAUUGAUAGUGGUGAAUAUGAAAAAGCUUUAGAAGAGAUUGAUUGUGUAAUAGAAAAUGGUGAAAAAAUUAGAAAUCCUGGAAUUAUUCAAUUAGCAAAACAUCAAAAAGCUUAUAUAUAUUAUCAAAGUUAUCAAAAUGGAGUUUGGAGUGAUAUUGAUAUAUUAAAAAAAGCUUUAAAUAAUGCAAAAAAUGCUGAUAUGUAUCUUGAGAGUGUUUCAAAAGAAAUAGAUAAUAGUAAAAAAAUGAUUGAAUCUGGUGGUGAUUCAAGGAGAAGAAAAGCUGGUUUAACUCAAUUAAUUGGGGAUAUAUAUGCUGAUCUUCAUAUGAUGGAUAUUGCAGAGAAACACUAUAAUGUUGCUGUAAAUUAUUUUACAUGUAAAAGUGAAUUUCAACAAUUAUAUCAUUGCCUUUACUCAAUAUAUUUUAUCAAAAAAGGAGAAAAAAAAUUUGAGAUAGCAAAAAAAAUGUUAGCUGUAUCAGAAAAAAUUAAAGAUAAAUGUAAAACUAUUGAAAAAAUUAAAGCUAAAUUUUAUUACGGUGUUGAAUGUGGAAGGAUGAAAAAUUUUGAAGAAGCUAGAAAUGUUUUAUAUAAAAUAUAUAAAGAUAAUCAUAUAUCUGAGAAUUUUAGAUGUGUAGCAAUGAAAAUUAUUAUUUUUCUUUAUAAAUAUGUAGAAAGAUUAAAAGAUAUUGAUAAAAAAAGUAACUAUGAAAAGAUGAAAAUAUAUGAAAUAUUGGGUGAUGAGGCAGAUUUAUUGAGAAAUGAAGAUGUAUCUUGUUAUCAAGAUGUUGGAAGAAUAAGGUAUGAUGAAAUAUCACUAGAAUGUUAUAAAAAAAUGCUUUCAUAUGCUAAGACAUUUAAAGAAAAAGUGGCUGCAAUGGAAAGUAUAGCUUUAUCGUAUAUAGAUAUGGAAUUAUAUUCUGAGGCACUAGAGUAUUUUAACAAAUUAUUAAAAUUACAAAAAAAUGAAUGUGAUAAUUCAACUGAGAUUUUAGAAACAGAAGCACAAAUAUUAAAUUGUCAAAGUAAAAUUGGUCAACUGGAUAGUAAUAUAAUUAAAAAAGAAUAUGAUAGACUUAUUUCAUUAUGUAAGAAAGAUUCUUUUAGAAAAAUAAUUUUAGAAGGAUAUGUUGAUUUUUUAAAUAGAUCAGAAGAUAAAAGUCCUAUAGAUAUUUUAUCACUAGAUAAAUAUAGAAAAGAAUAUGAAAAUCUUUGUGACACUGUGGUAACUUUAGAAGAAGAUUUCACAGAAUCUGAAUCAAGUGAUAUAGAUAUAUUUGAAGGAUUAACGGAAGAAGAAAUAUUUAAUAGAGUAGAAGAGAAAUUAAAAGAUGAAGCUGAAAAAGAAAGAUUAAUUAGAGAUAUUGAUAAAAAAAUAAAUCAUAAUGGUGAAUGUUUAUUACAUGAAUUAGCAAAAAAAGAAAAUGGAUGGAGAGAAAUGAUUAAAUUAAUUGAAUGUAAUUAUAAUGUUAAUGUUGUUGAUUAUGGUGGGUGGACACCUUUAAGUGAAGCUGUUAGUCAUGAUUGCUACGAUAAUGCUGCCUACCUUUUAAAACAUGGAGCAAUUGUUGAUUGUACUUCUAAAGAGUCAGUUAUUGAAGGGGAAGCUAAAGUUGCCUCUGAAGGUGUAACACCGUUAAUGGAGGCUGCCCAAAGAGGAAAUAUUAAAAUGAUGAAAUUAUUAUUAAAAUAUGGUGCUGAUGUUAUAAAAGAAAAUUCAGAAGGAAAUAAUGCUUUAGAUUAUUUAAGGCUAUUUUUUUCAGAAAAUAAACAUGAUUUGACAAAUUUAGAAAGAAAUGAAUGUAAUGAUAUGAUUAAAGAGUUAGAAGAUAUGAUAAAACGUUAUGGUGGAAAAAUAAAAGAAAAAGCAAAUCCUGUUGUUGAAGAAAAACCUCUUUUACCAAAUGUUGCUGAAACAAGAAAAAAUAUUAGUGAAGAUCAAGCAAAUUAUCUUGUUUAUAAAUCAACAAUGAAUAAUGUAGCAAGGAGAGUUGAGGGUAUUGAUACAGUAAUUACAAAAAAAAAUUUUGAUAAUUUUAGUGAUGAUGAAUCGGAAGAUGAGAUAGUUAUAGAUUUAAGUAAACCUGAAGAAUUUGAGGAAACAGCAGAUAUCUAUGGAGAUGAGGAUAUUUCAGUACAAAUUAGAAAAAGGAAAUCUCCAAUAAAUAAUGUUAGAGAUACACAAAGGCAAAUGAAACUUAGGAAAACUGCUGACAGUGAUAUAAUUUCAAAAGAUGAUAAUGAUGAUGAAGAUGAUGAAAUAUUAGUAAGUAAGCGAAGUAUUAAUUCUAGUUUACCAAAAGAUGUGAUAUAUGAAUCUCCUACAAAAUCAUUAUCUUCAAUGGGCAAAGAUUCAGCAUCAUCUGUAUUGUCAUCAGCAAGUUCAUAUGGUAUUCCAAAAGUAACCAUUGAUUUUGAAAUAAUUGAAUCAUCUCAUAACAAUAUUCUUAAAACAGAAUCUGGUGUGAGAAAAGAAAAAGGGAUAUCAGUGUAUGAAAUAGAAAAAAUAGUUAAAUCAUUAAUUCAAGAAAAAUAUACUUCUUUAAAAUUAUACUUAUUUGAUCAAGAACUAACAAGUCCAACAAUAACACUUGAUGAAUUAAUAGGAAAAAGUAAUGCAUGUAAGAUUGUUGUCAAACUUGAGGGAUGGCAACCAUUAUCACUUUUAGAGAUAUAUAAGAAACUAAGUGAUAUAAAUAUGAAACCUUCAAUAGAACAUAGAGUUAAAAAAAUAGAAAAUUCUGAUGCAAACUUUUUUAAAUCAUUGUCAAAAUGGUUACAAUUCAAUGAUGAUUUAAUAGUAAAUUUUGAGGGAUGUGAUUUGUCUGACGAUUUAUUGAAUCAAUCAGUUGAUAUGUCAUUUUUAUUCACACAUGCUAGAGAAUUAAACCUAAAAUGUACACAUAUUAGACCGGGACAACUUCAAAAAAUUUUACAAUCACUUGUAAAAAAAAAAUCAUCUCUUGUAUAUUUAGAUUUAUCUUUUAACAAAUUUUAUAUUUAUAAUUUGAUAAGACUACUUACGUACUGUCCAAAUCUUGUAACACUUAAAUUAAAUCAUUGUGAAAUGGAUAAAAAAACUCCAGAAAUGUUAGAAAAACUUUUAAAAUCAUUAAGUUUUAUUCAAUCAUUAAAAUAUCUUGAAAUAGAAGGUACAUUAAAAGAUUAUGAGGAAAAACUUCAGGCAUAUUGUCUUGAAAAGGAAAUACUUUUAUUUGUGUAA